AUGUCUGAGGAGAUGACCACAGAAGAGCUCCCUACUGUUCAGGCCAAAUACGAGUACUGCUAUGCUGUCUACGAGCAGUGUGCAGCUCAGUUAGGGUGUCGAUUACCUCCGUGCGACACCGAAGUGUUCGGAGGCGAUUACACUCGCUGGCCCACCUUCCGGGAUUUAUUCACAGCCCUCUAUAUACAGAACCCGCGACUGUCGGAAGUUGAGAAACUUUUCUAUCUCAACCUAAGACCAGCGUCGGCGUGGUCCAGCUUGACUGAGCGUUUCGAGAACAAACGGUUGCUCGUAAACAGUCAGCUGAGAAUUUUGUUCAAUUUGCCCGCCAUUGGGCAAGAGUCGGGUUCCUCUAUUCAAGAGUUGCAGAGCACCAUUCAAGGGUGUCUGACAGCCUUAGAGCACUCGAAGAUCAACGUAGAGAAUUGGGAUUGCAUCCUGGUUUUCUUGUGUUCUCCGAGGCUUCCCAAGUUGACCCUUUCUCUCUGGGAACAAUCGAUCCAAAAGAAGAGCGAUAUUCCAACGUGGGUUGACAUGAACGCUUUUCUUCUAGAGCGGCAUCGCACCCUAGAAGCGAUAGCGGAAGUGUCAUCCAGCACGAACGCUCCGACGGUUCCACGUGCCUCACGCAAGGAGGCCCCCGUCUCCAGGCAGGACAACUCUUUUGAGAGUAGGGUGACCAUUAAGACCCAGACCUGCAAUUUCUGUUCCCGGGAGAAUCAUCCGAUUCGAUUGUGCCCUCGCUUCCUCCAGAUGGGUGUCAAUGAAAGGGUCAACCAUAUUAAGCAGCAGAAGCUGUGCUUAAAUUGUUUCGCACGAGGCCAUGUACUGGCCGAGUGCACAACUCGACUGUCCGUCGAACGAUCCCGGACGGAGACGCAGUCUUCGUCUGCACCGAUGGCACCGGUCACUCCGCGUGGGGUUUCCGUGCCUCCCGGCACAACCUCGCGCCAGCCCAGGAGCCGACCACCCGGCACCCUCCAGAGAAGAACCACCAAGGACGUCCCGUGUCAACGUUUUCCAUGCCGGCAUCCACCAGGCCGGCAUCCACAGGCCCACUCACCCACGCUUCCGGCCCGUGCCUAG